AGUGACAAAUACUGAUAAAGAGCUCAAUGAUUUAAUGCGUUAUCACUAAAGAAUAAAAGUUAUCGCCAGUACUCGUUUAUGUCUUGUGUGCAUAAUAGCCAAACGUUUCUACUAAAUUAUUUGAAGUGACUGGGCUGUUUUUAGUGGACACGAAUAUGGGCGAUCAAGCGAAUACCCAGAUAGCACGACAGCGUCAAUUUUUGACGGAAAGCGAUAGAGUUACGAUUCAAAGGUUUAUUCAGAAUGAAAUUCGAGGAAAACCAUUUUUACCAAGUCCUGAGGAUAUUUACCGGGAAGUAAUUAAACGCCUUACCAAAAUAAAAAAAUUCGGCGUUACAGAAAGUAUUCGAAAAUGCAUCUUUGAAAUGAUCGAGGCAACCUUGCAGAACUGGAUGUUCAAACCUACAGUUGAUGAUGGAUGUGAACGAGCUAAGCUGACAAACCGGAAAGGUGAAAAGACCAAAAAUGAAACCGCUAAAACAAGUCAAUUGGUCGAGUACGACCGGGACAAUUAUUAUCCGACCUCACAAGAAGAAACAGAAAGGGACGAAGAAAUGGAGCAGGUUCUACGUCAGAGCAGAAUUGAUCUUAAUGACGAAAUGGAAUUCGAGAAAAAAAUCCAGGAAACCUUGGACAAAUCUUACCAGGAAGAGAAGUCGAAGUUGCUACCAAUGCUCACCGCUGCAGACUUUGAUUUUGGCCGUCUAGCAGAUCAAUUGAAUAAGGUUUUGCCAGAUGGAACAGCCGUCUCUCAUAAAGCCACCACAUUGGAACAUAGGUCAGCGUUAAUUCUGGCCAUUAUCGAGCUACUCGGCCACGACUAUAGGAUCAUUACCGCACCGCCCAUUCAAAAUCACAUAAGAUUAUUCGGCCAACACUGUUUGUCCUUCGGUUCCAGAGUGACAUAUCAGAAGGGUCAUCACAGAAAAAACCCAAAUUCCACGUUCAACGUCUUCUCCAUAAACGAAUACUUGGUCAACAUUGAGAUCAGGGGCGAUGGAAAUUGUAUGUGGAGUUCGGUAUCGCAUUCUCUGGUCGGUGACUAUGGGAUGAUGGAAUCACUCAGACUAUUGACUGCAGAUACUUUGAUCCAGUAUUCUGAACAGUUUUCGGAAAUGUUGAAAAGACAGACCAGCAAAUUCAGCUACAACGCACUAACAGUUGAAGAGUUGGUCACAGUCUCUCUUACCUUACAAUCAUGGGGAGAUGAAUUUCACCUAAUCGCAUUGUCGUUGGCCCUCAAGCGACCGAUUUACAGCUACGGUUCACUGAUCGAUAUUCCCGAGUCAUCCGUUAUGGGUUACGAACAAUUCCGGCAAAGUUACGAAAUCGAAUCGUUUCUCAAUCACUUCAAAUUCAUUGGUGAUGCACACGAUGCAAACAAUGAGCCGAUACUUCUCCACUACGACGGUUACAGUCACUACAGUUGCGUGCUCAAACGAUUUUACUGUGUUAAACCGUUGGUGCCUUUUAUUCAAAUAAUUGACGCUUUCUUCAAUGGCAACGAAAUGGCACAGCCAGGUGAACCAGAGAAAUUGGUAGACAUUGAAUCUACGGAAUUUGUGUCGAAUACAGCGAUUGAAUGGAAAUUCCAUAGAAGCGAUUAUUUCACUGAUGAUGAUGAUGAUGAUGAUGAUGAUGGACAAGGACAAAGCGAUCAAAUUCGAAAACUCAAGAAAGAUUUAAGCGACAAGGACCGACUUCUGCAACAGUACGAAUCAUUUUUUCAGGGAGUGAAACAAAUGCUGGAUAAUGAAAAUAUUGAUUUGCGACAACUGCGGGGCUUUGUUGAGAGGAUGGAAAAUAGUAAAAAAUAGAUGGCUGAGCUCUUUAAA